AUGUGGGCAAAUCGUGCGUCUGGCAGCGUUAUAGAUGCCAACUGCACAGGCCCCCACCUGGGUAUAGCUGAAAGUUUAAUGGGACGCGGCUCGGGCAGCAGUAAUUCGCCCACAAUUUCGAAUUCGCCCACAAGUCAGAAUUCGCCCACAAUUUCGAAUUCGCCCAAGAGUCAGAAUUCGCCCACAAUUCCGAAUUCGCCCACAAGUCAGAAUUCGCCCACAAGCAAUAAUUCGCCCACAAUUCCGAAUUCCACCACAAUUCCGAAUUUGCCCACAAGUCAGAAUUCACCCACAAGUAAGAAUUCCCCCACACAUAAGAAUUCGCCCACAAUUCCGAAUUCCCCCACAAUUCCGAAUUCGAUCCAAAAGUCAGAAUUCGCCCACAAGUCCAUAUUCGCCCACUGGUCCGAAUUUGCCCACAAUUUCGAAUUCGCACAAAAGUCAGGAUUUGCUCACAAGUCCGAAUUCGCCCAAAAGUCCGAAUUCACUCACAAGUCCGAAUUUGCCCACAAUUUCAAAUUCGCCCAAAAGUCCGAAUUCACCCACAAGUCCGAAUUUGCCCACAAUUUCAAAUUCGCCUAA